UAUUAUUUUUAUAAAGCAACAAUAAUAAUAAAAAAUUAAAAAAAAAAAAAAAAAACUGCAAGAUAGAAUCUCAAGCAGCAGAGCAGAGGUGAAGCAGACACAACAGAAAUCAGAUGAUGGGCUCGAUCUGUUUGCCAAAUCAUGGUGAAGCCCUCGCCAGGACUUCUGGUUCUGCCAACUCGCCUAUUCUUCUUCUUCGUAAUCAUCAUCGUUCAUUACCUUCUUCUUUUCUCUUCCCCUGCCUUCAUUCUCACCCGAGACCUUUGCCUAUCCCGCCUUCCCUAUCCACACGACACCGUCUCACUUCCUCACGCGGCUUUUCCGGGAAUCGCCCUUCCGCCGUCGUUGCUUCCUCCGGUUCUCACGUCGUCAACUCCGUGCCGCCAAGGAAUGGAACGUACACAGUUGGUGAUUUUAUGACAAAGAAAGACAAUUUACAUGUUGUUAAACCAUCAACAACUGUUGAUGAAGCCCUGCAGGCACUUGUUGAGAAGAGAAUAACAGGUUUCCCUGUGAUUGAUGAUGACUGGAAAUUGGUUGGUGUUGUUUCAGAUUAUGACUUGUUAGCACUAGAUUCCAUAUCAGGUGGCAGUCAAAAUGACACAAACUUGUUUCCCAAUGUUGAUAGUUCAUGGAAAACAUUCAAUGAGAUACAAAAACUGCUGAGCAAGACCAAUGGUAAAGUUGUUGGUGACUUGAUGACAACUGCUCCACUUGUUGUUCGUGAAACAACCAAUUUAGAAGAUGCUGCUAGGUUAUUGCUUGAAACAAAAUAUCGGCGACUGCCAGUUGUAGAUGGUGAUGGCAAGCUGGUUGGUAUCAUUACAAGGGGUAAUGUUGUUAGAGCUGCCCUGCAAAUAAAACGUGCUAACGAGAAAUCAGGAUAGUCAAGGUGAAUGUGUUAGAGCUGCUAUAUCUGUAACGAACUAGUUAAAAGUACAUAGCUUUGUGGACGCAUCUAUGUUGCAAUUCUUUCUGCAAUACACGGGUAGCACAAUGUUUGCAUGUUAUUAUUUAGGCGGACUAUUGAAUUCGAAAGGAUUCUUUGAAGAAGAAAUCAACUUAUCCUGCCCAUGGAGUCUUCAUGCCUCAUCGUUUGUUUCUAAAUAGAAAAAACUUGCAUUUGCAAUUAUAAAUUUCAUAUUUCUUUAGGCUUGUAUAUGUACUUGAUCAAGGUGUGUUAAGAUUCACACUUGAACUAGAACAGUCCUGUGUCAGAUUUUUGUAAUAUGUAAACUGCAUUUCUCUGUCAGCUAUGUGUAAUAGUUGCACAAUUAUGACUGCGGAAUAGUGAAUAUUGCUCUUAAUCAAUUAGCAAAUUUUAUUUA